GCACACAUGAAGGAGAGCUCUGCUGCUGCUGCUGCUGCUGCUCCAGCAUUGGCAAAGAGUUAAGCCAGCAGUGGAGAAAAGGGGUGUGGAGUCAGGAAGGCAAAGCGAGGGGCUGUAUAAAACUGAGACUAAAAGAAAACCAUAGGCACUCUAUCCAGUUCGCCUGGCUCUCUCCCGCUCUCUCUGCCUCACAGGACCACUGCGUUACACCUAGACAGAGCAAGCAACGGAACACAAGCCUUUCCAGACUGCUCCCAUACAGAACAGCCUUGAACGCUAAACUCCAGCAGAAGGAUGGCUGCAGCAGCACUGAAGAGAAUGACUGAGGCUAAAGGAAAACUCAUUUUGAUCCUGGCCCUUUGUAAUCUGCUGAUGAUAGAUCACACAAAUUGUCAAGACACUGAAACGACAAGUUCAGCAGCUCCAGCAGCUCCAACAAACACAGCAGCUACAACGGAACAAGCAGCUCCAAUGGAUCCAGUGAAAUCAACAGAUACAGUAGAUCCAAAAGGGGAGGUAGAUGCAGCAAGUUUGUCAGGUCUUACGUCUGCUGCAAUUCCUACAAACCAGGCAGGAUCUCUCUUCACACCAACUAAUCCAGUUGUCACUGUUUCAGAAGCUGUAGCUACGAUGAUCCCUGCGAAUGCUACAGUUACAACUGUUGUUACAAACCCAACAUCUGACUCGGAUGCCAACAGCACAGCUCCUGCAUCAGCCAACACUGUAGCAUCAACUCCAGGCAGCUCUGCCACCUCUCCACAGACAGAGAGCAGCGCUCCGUUACAGGAAACGACACCCGCACCGGACACCACAACCUCUCUUUUAAUACCGAAUGAAUUUCCUGAAACGCAGGGAACUUUCGUAUCACCAGCGCAAGUCCACUGCGUGAGUAAGGAAGACAUACAAGACAAAGAUGCUAUACAGCUGGAAUUGAAAGAAGAAACCACUUGUGAAGAAUUCAUACAGUCGAUCCUUAAUGUGAAACAUAAACUGUGCAACGAUGAUAGUGAGUGCAGUAUUGCCAUCUAUCAAAAGCCCAGGUCCAAGAACAUUCUCAUCAGCAGCUCCAAAAUUACAGAAAACCCCAAAGACAUGGCCUCCUACUUUAACGAUGAAAAUGUGAAGGAUCAGCUUGGGCUCAUGACUGCCGCACCGCACUGGAGGAAGCAUUCCCCGAGUGUCCUGGUCUCCUUGGUCAUCACAGGCCUGCUGCUGGCAGCCCUCCUGAUCGGUGGAUACUGCUACAAGAACCGGGUGACAGGGAGCUCCAAGGGAGAGAGACUGAACGAAGACCUCUAUCAGGUGGACAGCGAUAACCAAGAUGGUACUCUGGUUUCCGUGGCCCCCCUGCACCCCCCCGAGCCACAGGGGAAGCCGAGCACUAACGGGGACACGCAGGGCACAGGCAAGAACCAGCCCCCCACCUCCAACACCACCACCACCACCAAUGGGCAUUCUGCCAAGCAAGCCCCCGUGGCAGACACAGAGCUGUAGAGACAGACAGAACAGCCUGAGCACACCCAGCACAGCGUGUGCAUAUGGAGACAGCAAUUCAUUCUUCUUCCUUUCCUCUUCCUUGCUUGAGCGUAACUCGCCACCUACAGAACUCAUUUAAAGAAUCAAAAGAUUGUGAAGUGCUGUCUGGGUUGCAUUGGUCAUCAAAAACACAAAACAAAUACAAAAGCUCACUGAACUGCAGGGAGAGUGCUUUCAAUUUGGGACAAAUGCCAAUGCAGAUUGCAGGAGACACAAUGCAUAGUGAUCUGUGGAUGCACAGAGGCUGAACUGCAGAAGUACCAACGCAGUAUCAUUCCAAGUGUAAUCAUCGAUUUAAACUGCUCUGCCUUGCAGUUAUUUCUCCCAAUUGAACGCCCCUUCUGUCCAAUGGAUAGUCCCGUAUAUAUAGACAAGGUGAUGGCUUGGAGAGUUGGUGAAAUGAAGACUGGGCUGAACAAUCAAUCUGCCGCAACUAAAACAACUGGCUUUAGUAAGAGGUAAAGCAAAAUACAGCAUUCAGAUAAUUCUCCAUUUCAUUACUGCAAGCUUUACUGAUAUACUGAGCUUUUUCUCCACUACAAAAUUGAUCCCGCUUACUUCUUGAAAUGCUGGCAGUUUUGCACCGGAGAAAGACAAAUAGUAACAUGGGCACAUAAAGUGUUUUUUUGUUGUUGUUUUUGGUGUGUUUGUUUAUUUGUUUUGUUUUUUUUUUUUUUAUUUUAGACAUUCCAAACCCAACUUUUCAUUUUCCUCUUGGCUUAUUACAAUGUUCAUUAUUUUAUUUUUAUUUUUAUUUUGUCUGGUUAGGAAUUCAUAUUUGAAAUUAGUUUUGUAUGAAUACUGAUAUUUUUCAUUAAUGUCUAUGUGUAAAUAAGUAGUCGAAUGCUGCUUCCUGUUAUAAGUAAAAUUUUCUGUAUACGCCUAUACAUUGCAAACAUGUUAUGUGUGUAUGUUUCUUUGGUUCUCAUCUAUGUACAUGUUCAUAGCUUGGGAAAAAAAAAAAUCUAGCAAAUUGACGUGGUUUGCACAACACAGUCCAUCUUUGCAUGUAGAGGGUGCUAGUGUGUACUUAUCACGUGUCCUGUAUACAUGAGAAAGCACAUGCAACUGCAUAGCUGAUCUGUUAGAAUUUGAGAAAGGUGAUGUAGUGGGCUCCAUUACAGGCACAUGCGGGCUACAUGGAAAUUCAAACUCUUCUUUAGCAUACCCCAGUCAUCACAGCUUAACUGUUUUGCAAGCCCCUGGAAGACCAGCCCUACUGUGCAGGGAGUGUUACGACGCAAUGCAUCACAAUAUGUUCAGCUGCAGUGCCAUUUUUGUACAAUAUAAACAUUUCAAGGCAAAACUGCUAUCAAACUGCAGCAGCAUACAAGCUUGGCGAGCAAGCAAGUGUUUAUUCUGCAUGUGUGCUGAACAGGCCUGGCAUCACAGACUGAAGCAAGCUGCCAUCACACGAUUUCAUCUCCCUCGCAAGUACUGUAGAAAUGCAGCACCAGUGUUUUUUUUUUGGUUUUUUUUUGUCCAAGCAGUGUGCAUCUUCCAGGGUUUUUUUCUGAAGUAUAGGACAGAUCUUCUGUUGUGUGUGUCUCCUGUUUUGAGGCACGAUGGCGCUUGUAGUAUGUGAGCUGUAGUUUGUGAUGUUGCUGUUUCCGAUGUGAAAGCUGUGUCUAUUGCUUUGUAGGACUGGGGUGCCCUUAUAGCCAGGAGACAAAGGGGGGAGAGCCGCCCUGUAACAGACAUGUGUGUCACUUGUAUUUCAUUUUCAGGGUGCCUCGUAUAAACUUGCAUUCUUUUCUGAACCGAUAGUCCUAUGCUAAUGUCAUUCGUUUGACAUUUUCUCCGGGGGUUAGACUGUACUGGAACACAUGUCUUCUCACCAAUUGUAACCCAUAAAAAAGGAUUUUUUUGUAAAUAAAUAAUAAUAAUAAUAAAUUCAGAAAUACCCUGUG